GAGGCGGCUGCGGCGGCAGCGGCUGAGCGGGCCAUGGACGCGCUCAAGUCGGCCGGGCGGGCGCUGAUCCGGAGCCCCAGCCUGGCCAAACAGAGCUGGGCGGGCGGCGGCCGGCACCGCAUAUACAUAGACAUCAGAAAACUUCUGAAAUUGGCCUCACACUUUGCACAUCCAGGAAUUUCUGCCAUAAGGCUUCUGAAAGGCCCCCUGCAUUUGUCAAAGAGCUGCCUGAGAACUGGACUGACACUCGGGAGACACUGCUAGAGGGCAUGGUCUUCAGCCUCAAGUACCUAGGCAUGACGCUGGUGGAGAGACCCAAGGGCGAGGAGCUGUCUGCUGCCGCUGUGAAGAGGAUUGUGGCCACAGCCAAGGCCAGUGGGAAGAAGCUGCAGAAGGUAACUCUCAAGGUGUCACCCCGGGGGAUUAUCCUGACCGACCACCUCACCAACCAGCUCAUUGAGAAUGUGUCCAUUUACAGGAUCUCCUACUGCACAGCAGACAAGAUGCAUGACAAGGUGUUUGCAUACAUCGCCCAGAGCCAGCACAGCGAGAGUCUGGAGUGCCACGCCUUCCUCUGCACCAAGCGGAAAAUGGCACAAGCUGUUACUCUCACUGUAGCCCAAGCCUUCAAAGUUGCCUUUGAGUUCUGGCAGGUGUCCAAGGAAGAGAAAGAAAAGAGGGAGAAAGCUAACCAAGAGGGAGAUGUCCCAGGGACCCGCCGUGACAGCACUCCUUCACUGAAAAGCAUGGUCGCCACUGGGAACCUGCUAGACUUGGAGGAGAUGGCCAAGGCCCCGCUGUCCACGGUCAGUGCUAAUACCAACAUGGAUGAGACACUGCGGCCUCAAGCCUUAAGCAACAACAGUGUUGUCUGGGAGCUGGACGAUGGCCUGGAUGAAGCAUUUUCAAGGCCCAGACUGGCGAGCUGCCUGCUGAUCCUCACCAUCACUUGUGUGAUCAGCUCACGGCCUCGGCCCCUGGAGAUGACAUGGUCUGAGGCCUCUCCAGACUGGCGCAGUCACGGACAAACCCUCAGGUCCUGGACACUGGGCUGUCGGCGCAGGAUAUCCACUAUGCACAGUGCCUGUCGCCCACUGACUGGAACAAGCCUGACAGUGGUGGCAUCGAGCAAGAUGACCUCUUCAGCUUCUGAGGGCCUGGGGCCAGCAGGACACAACUGGCCUUUACACAUGACAGACCAAAGCCACUUGCAGCAGAGCAGCCAGCUCCAGGAGCUGUCAGCCGCCUCUGACCGGCAACAGUGGAGCCUGCAGAUGAGAGCAGCAUGGUCAAGCAGGGGCGAGAGGGCUGAAAGACGCCUGGAAUAUCAGUCAGUGAGUCCUGGCUUAUGCUCAGAAGCCAGGUUUGCAUCAGGAGCUCAGUGUGCAGGGCAGGGCCCUACCUCCUGCUUUUUCCUGGAGCCAGUGCCCCUCCUGCUGUGGGAACCGGACAGUGACCAAAGCAUUCCGUGUCCCUCCUCUCUCGGGAUUGGGUUUCCCUGGGACAUCCCCACUCCUCACUGAGCUGCAGUGAGGGCCUAUUUUUCUUUGUGCACAGGAGGGGACAUGGCCUCCAGGGAAGCCAGUGUCCUCCAGAUCACCUUCCUCAGGGCCUUGCAACCAGGUUCUUGGAAAGAUAGCCCCUGACCAAAGACAGUGUGUAGCUCGGCACUUUAUCGUUCACCCAGCAAAUGUGGUAGGGGCCUUUGGUGGUGCUGGUGGCGGGUAGAUCUUGCUUCCUGCCCUUCUGCCUCAAGAGGGUCCAGGGCCCCCAACGAUGAUCCCCACCAGUGCUUAGACUUAAUGUACCACCUGCCCAUGACUCCCAGAGUAACCAUGGGGAUCACCUCUGUAGCCACCUACUCUCUGCCCUACCCCCACCUCUGCUUUAUGGACGAAGCUGUGCCUGCCCUUUUGGUUUUUUGUCCUUCUGUGUGCCUUGCUGUCCGCCUCCCUGUACUUCCUGGGAUGAUCCCAAAGCCUAGCACUAAGUUUGUGUCAGAAUAUUUUGCAUCCAUUUUACAGAUGAGGAAACUUUAGGCCUCAUGGGGGUGGGGGUGGGGUUUGAGAAUAGAACCCAGACCUGCUGCCAAAGCUGCUUUCUGUGCUGCCACCUCUCAGAGCCCACGCCUCCUCUCUCUAGCUUUAUUGUCCUCCCAGGAACCAAAAACCCCCAGCUAUUUUCUGACCAAAAUGUGUUUCAUAACAAACCAUCUGGUGCCUUUCUACAUGGCGCUGGCACAGGCCUCUGCCCUGCUAGCUGCUACGCUGCUGACUUCUGGGAAGAUGCAAGUGUUUGAAGUCUGUUGAUUUCCACGGGUGAAACAGAAUCAUGCUCUGGAAGCAUCUCACUGCUCUUUCUUGACUCUGCGACCCUAGUGGUCCCUGGUGGUCAGAAUACCCGGGCAGCAAGCUGUCUUUAGACUUUCUUCCCCCUAAACUGGCCCCAUGGGCUCUGCCAUCCUGAAACCCAGCCAAGCCAUGAGCGUCUUUCCAUCAAGGGGAGCCUCCAGUGGCCAGGCAUGUCAGAGCAGGUCUCAGCAGCCCCAGGAAACAAACCAGCUUGUCUUAAGUUCUGGUCUGUAACUGAGCGACUGAGUCAGACCCUUGCCUGGGGGAGGGCACUUGAAGGAUCCUCACUGGAGUAUGGGUAGCUCCUGGCCCCUGCUCCCACCUCAGACCUUUAUCAGACGCAGCCAGGAUCCUGGGUGUGAGGGGCUGGGGACUGCUAUGAUGUGUGGACUGUGCUGUGGGCCUCCUUGACAAGCUGCCAAUGUACUUCCUGUGUGUCUGCCACAAUAAAUGCUCCCUUUUUGAA